CGGUCACCAACACCUCCCAGACAUACCCUAGAGGUCAAAGUUAUCCGGUUGAGGUGGGAAUCUUGUCCCCUAGGCGCUCCUCGUUACAACACAUCCUACACCGAAAACGACGGCCGCCCGCCGCUGAACACGACUUUUAUCAACAGCUACCUAUAUACGAACGGAGGCGGCAAGGCUAUUCCGUCGUACUCGUACGGAUUGCACAUUGGAUCGGCCGCCUUGAACAUCCCCGGUUCUCUCUUCUUGGGCGGAUACGACCAGUCGCGUGCGCUGGAGCCAGUGUCGGCCCAACCCUAUACCUCGGCAGAACCUGGAGGGUCGUUUGCGAUCGAGCUUCUCGAUAUCGAAAUCGGAGUCGCCACCGGAGGAUCUCCGUGGAACUUCACGAACAAAACGGGCCUGCUGAUCCAGGGAGAUUCCCCCUCCCUCAAGUCCGCAGACAUUACCCGUGAUGUUUUCUCCUGUUAA